AUGGCUCUUUGGCAACUUGGUGCUAGCUGGCUUGGGGUGGAUCUUGGUACCACAACUGCUCCUAAGGAUCAUCUCUUCAAGUUCAAAAUUGGCUGGAAUAACACCCAGAAGCGCAUUUCAUUGACUGUGUGGUUAGCAAUUAUUUGGACACUUUGGAUUGGAAGGAACUCACUUGUGUUUAGAGGAAAUCAAUUUAACUAUGAAGAGGCUCUUGAUCAAGUUAAACGACAUUCAUGGACUUGGAUGAAUGCCAAUGUCAAGGAUUUUUGCUAUUCUUUUUAUGAGUGGCAUUCUAACCCUCUGGCUUGUAUUCAAGGACUUUGUUGA